AUGCCCAAAGCAGAGGUCGGCUCGACCAAACACCUGAGCAACAAGCUCAAGUCCAAAGGCCUCCAGCGCCUGCGGUGGUACUGCCAAGUCUGCGAGAAGCAAUGCCGCGACGCCAACGGCUUCAAGAUGCACACUCAGUCCGAGAGCCACGUGCGACAGAUGCUCGUCGUCGGCGAGGACCCCAAAAAGUUCAUCAACCAAUACAGCGACGAGUUCCUCAAGGACUUUUUGCAGCUGCUGAGGACGGCGCAUGGAGAGAAGCAGGUGCACCUGAACCAGUUCUACCAAGAAUACAUUGCCAACAAGGAACACAUCCACAUGAACGCGACCAAGUGGCCGUCGUUGACCGAGUUCGCCAAGUAUCUGGGGAGGGAAGGAAUAUGUCGAGUGGAGGAGACGGAAAAGGGACUACACAUAAGCUGGAUCGACAAUUCCCCCGACGCGCUCAGACGACAAGAGGCGCUGAGGAGAAAAGAAGCGCAAGAUCAGGGCGACGAGGAAAUCGAGCAGCGCAUGAUACGAGAGCAGAUCAAACGAGCCCAGCAGAUGGCCGGGAAACGCGAUGAAGAAGACGAGGAGGAGGCGAAAAGAAGGGAGCUGAAGAGGCAAGAGGGCGAAAAGAUUAAACUGUCGUUUGGGGCGAAGCCCAAGCCGGAAGACGAGCCGAAGCCGAAAUCUACGCAGGAUAAGCCCGAAAAGCCUGAAGACGGCGACAAGCCUGCGGAGACAAACGCAGCCGUUUCUAAGGAGGAACCUCCGAAACCAGCCACGAACAAGUCAGGAUUUGGCGGAGUGUCUCUGAAGCUCGGCGAAAAGCCACAGACGAAGAAUGUCUUCGCGCUGGCCAAGAAGAACGCGCUGGCUUCGGGAUCGAAGAAGGGCUCUGUACUGCAGCAGCCUAAGAAGAUGAGCGAGGCCGAGAGGAUCAUGAAGGAAGAGAUGGAGAGGAAAAGGCCCAGCGGCUCCGUCGGAUUCGGGAUGCCCGGUGGCAAAAAGCAAAGGAUGAAUUAG